AUGAGCUUCAAUCGGCAGCAGCCUCCUAGUCGCAAGCGCGGCUAUACGACAUUCAAGCGAGAAGUUGAAGAAGGCGGUCAAGAAGUGAUCGAUCUCGAUGGUGAUGGUAGUGCCCUUCCACCUAUGAAGAAGCGGAAGCGAACCAUCGAAGUCAUCGACUUCACUCAGAACGACAGUGGCGACGAUGAAGACAAGCCGAUCUUCAGCCCUGCGUCCGAGCGGGAUAGGAAAUAUCUCCCAUUCACUUCCGCCAUCAAAACUUCCACAUGUAUGAGUUGCGACGAAACCAAGUCGAAAGAUGCCUUCAUCGAUGCCAAGCAGGAUACUCAAUCGCUGGCGGCCUUUGGAGGAGCAAUCUGUCGCCGGUGUUGGGAAGCCUCCCUGUCAGCUGRAAGGGCUAUCGUGGCACAGAAGAAAGAACAAGAAUGCUCGAUCUGUUACGAUACGGUUCCCGCUCACGCUAUCCCAACCUCGCCGCAUGGAGGUGCUCGCAACCACACAGUCUGCACAUCGUGCUGGGAACGCCAUCUGCAUACGGAAAUCGAGAGGAAGGCUUGGGAUAAACUGACGUGUCCGCAAGAUAGUUGUGGACAGGUUCUCACGUAUGGCGAGAUUGCCGUGUUGGACGAGCGGUUCGAGAGGGCGAUUGAACCGAUUCUCGCGGCGCAGGCAACAGCCUCCUACCUGAAGCAAGACAAGGCCUACUUCGCUUGUCCAUCAGCGACCUGCAAAUCUGGAAACUUCCUCGGCGACAACGACGAGGAUGUGAUCUUCACCUGCGAGGCCUGCGACUUUGUUUUCUGUUUGGCUUGUGAGGUUCCCAUGCACACCGGAAAGUCUUGUGAAGAUUAUCAGGACAGUAUCCAUGGAGACUCGCGUAGAAGAGCAGAGGAAGCAGCUUCGAAAAAAUUGGUGGAUGGAACCUACAAGACGUGUCCAAACAAGAAGUGCGGCAGCAAGUUGGAACUGAUGUCAGGUUGUGAUCACGUUGUUUGUCUGCACUGCAAGCGAAAAUUCAACUGGUCCAGUGUACGGGAUCCAGCAGCUGGUCAGCGGCAACCGAGAUCGAUGGCAGAUCGCCUCGCGGAUCUCGACAGAGCCAGAUUUCCAUGGGAUGCGGGUAGGCGUCCUGUAACUAUACCACGACCAGAAGCCACGCCGGAUCAUGUGGCGAGAAUCCAGGAAGCGCUGCAGCAGCAACGGCAAGCUCGAGAGAGGUACGAGGCGGCGAUGGACCGACUAAGCACUCCGGCGCGGCCUCCAACUCGACGUCGGAGAUGA